GUCAAAACUUUUGGACCCUAACAAAUAUCUUGAAAACGAUGAUAUGGAAAAGGACUUAAAAGAUCCCUUUGCAGUUGCCAGUAAUAUCAAAUUUACACCUAAAGAAAAGAACAACAGGAAAAUUAUUCUUGCUAUUAAUAAUGUUUUUGCUCAAAAUAACAAUUUUAGAGAAGUUUAG